ACUAAGUUCAGAAGUUCGGAUGAAAGAUCACGUUUAAACCAUCGUAUAAGUUGUCUAUCUAAUGCUAUCUAGCUAGCUGGCAGGGCUGGCUAGGUAGCUCGCUAGUUACCAUGCUUACAUUUGUGGUAGCUACAGUAACAUCAUGUCGGCUGACACAAAAAUCGCAGAGCUUUUAACAGAGCUCCAUCAACUAAUCAAACAAACCCAGGAGGAGCGGUCACGCAGUGAACACAACCUGCUCAACAUCCAGAAAACCCAUGAGAGGAUGCAGACUGAAAACAAGACUUCACCAUAUUACCGGACUAAGCUGAGGGGCCUGUACACAACAGCCAAGGCAGAUGCUGAGGCAGAGUGCAGUAUUCUUCGUCAUGCCCUUGACAAAAUUGCAGAGAUCAAAUCAUUAUUGGAGGAGAGGCGAAUAGCGGCUAGGAUGGCAGGGACGUACAGUGAUAACGACCCCCCGCGGAAGACCAUGCGGAGAGGGGUGCUGAUGACGCUGCUCCAACAGUCAGCUAUGACACUCCCAUUGUGGAUCGGCAAGCCGGGAGACAGUCCCCCUCCCCUGUGUGGGGCAAUGCCAGCCAGCAGUGAUUAUGUAGCCAAGCAGGGUGACAAGGUGGCAGCACGGGUGAAGGCUGUGGAUGGAGACGAACAGUGGAUCCUGGCAGAGGUGGUCAGCUACAGCCACUCCACCAACAAGUAUGAAGUGGAUGACAUUGACGAGGAAGGAAAAGAGAGACACACCCUGAGCAGGCGGCGCAUUAUCCCUCUGCCCCAGUGGAAGGCCAACCCAGAAACGGACCCAGAGGCCCUGUUUAGUAAAGACCAGCUGGUGCUGGCCCUCUACCCACAGACUACCUGCUUUUACAGAGCCCUCAUCCACACACCCCCACAUCGGCCCCAAGACGACUACUCAGUGCUGUUUGAGGACACGUCGUACGCAGACGGCUACUCCCCGCCCCUCAACGUAGCCCAGAGAUAUGUGGUGGCCUGCAAAGAAAAUAAAAAGAAGUAGAUUGAGAAAAAAUGAAAACGCUAGUCAGAAGUCAAGGGGACAGUGACGAUACGGUUUCUUAUGGUCAGACGCAUGAAAGACAAUCCCCCCCGCACAUACACUGGAUUCCAUAUCCUAGCCACAUGUCUGGACAGACAGUUUGGCCAGCUAUCAGGGACGUUCAGUCUAUCUUUAGAGCUUUGUUGAUGUUAUGGCCUAUCUGGGUGAUCAUUGUGAGACAUGUUCGGGACUUUCUGUGCUCUGUUGUAUCUAUAUUGUUUUUGUAUGGUCUGUUGAAGGGCAUAACUAUGCUUUGUGUUGACUGAGUUUUGCUGCAUGUUAUUUUAAAAUUUUUUUUACAUGUUAAAAAAUGUUAAUGUCGACUAUGGACGAUGACUGUGAAUAUAUAAAAGUGAUAAAACA